CUUUUUUUUAUAUAUUUUACAUGAAUAUUGAAGUAGCGGAUAAACUAGGACAGCUGAUAAAACAAAUCACAGAAACAGGCGAGUGGACACUGAAUCCCGAAAAAUUAAAGACAAUCAAGUCCUUUUGCAAGCGAUCUGAUGUAAAUGUUCAGAUCGCUUUUGAUUGGGUUAUGUUCCAACUGAAAAAGAAACAUGCUCAGAUUCGAUAUUCGGCUUUACAGUUGAUUGAACAAUUAUUUGACCGGUCAAAGUACUUUAGAGAUGCUCUAACAGAGGAUUUCCCGGUCUUUACUCAGCUAGUGAUAGGCAUUCAAGGUCGAAAACUUCCUCCACCAGCACAAGUCGCUACUAAAUUAAAAGAUUAUGGUAUUGCAUUAAUCAAAUCUUGGUACAUACGGUAUGGUGAGAAACAUCGUCAACUCAGCAUUGCAUAUGAUUUUUUGUUGGAUAACGGAUUCUUGGACCGAGAAGGAGGUUCUUUGUCUUCAAUCCAUGCAAAUGAUUACAACAAGUCAAAUAUAGAGGCACGGAGAAAAGCAAUUCAUGCAAGUCGAUUUGAACUCUUAAAAUCAGACAUAGACAAUCAUAUUGAAUUGAUCCGAGAUAAUUUGACCAAUAUGGAAGGAUGCUUUGAAAUAUUGAUUCCAAAAAAUGUGUUUGAAAAUGACGACCUUGAUUUUGAUGCUUUAUUAAGAGGUGAGGCAGCAAACACAACUGAGUCAGGAGCUGGUGAUACAUACAAGCAAAACAUUAUAUCCCAUGGCUUGGGCUCAAAUCGGUAUAAAAUCACAAUUGAUAUGUCCGAAGAAACCCUUAUGGACGAUGUGAAAGAAACAGAAGAUAAUAAAAUAGUAUUUGAUCAACUAAGGGAAGCCUAUACCUUGCUCGAGACAAAGCAACUGUCUCAUCUGAAUACGUGGAUCAAUGCACUUAUCAAAAUUGAGUUGGCUGAUAGAGUAGGAAAAGAAAAACUAGUCAAGGAACUCUUGAAACUGAAAGAAGCAGCGAAUGAGGCGAUACGUAAAUGCAAGCUUUUAGGGAUAGAGGUCUACCAACCAAAGCCAAAUUCUACAUCAAAAUUGCAAAUCAUUGAAGAUAAUGAUGAUGAUGAAUAUAUGGAUGAAUUAUUUGAAGAAGUAGAUAUUGAUACCGAAAAUAAAGAAUCAGCAAAAGACACGCUUAGCAGUUCAAAGCUACCACCUACACAACGUAUCUUUCCUUUAUCUUUUGAGCCAAGCAUGAUGGAAGAUGCUACGUAUAGUGGUCCACCUCCUAUUUUACCAGUUGAAUCAAGUAUAAACAAGGAGGACAAAGGAAAGACAAAACUGAAUACAGGAAAAGAAGAGUUGUUGAAGAGGGCACCUGUAGUUGAGUGGGGAGAUGAUUUGUAUUAUUGGGACAAAAAUCAUGUUCAAUUCAAUACAAGUGGCAUUGAAAGAGAUCAUAGAUUUAUGGGUAUUGGAGAAGGCACAAACGAAAUGCCUGAACAUCUUUUAGCAGAACUGAGAAAACGCCCUGUUUAUUACAAGUCAGAAGUGACGAAACCAUUACAGGCAUGUAAACAUCCACUACGUAACGGUGGCCUCUGUCCUCGUAAAGAUCUUGUAACAUGUCCUUUUCAUGGAAAAAUUAUCCCUCGCGAUGAUUUUGGUGUUCCGUUAAACAAAGAUGUACCCUCCAGCAGCACUUCUCUAAAUAAUCAUCAUGAUCAAGAUGAAGUGUAUGGUGUAUCAAGUAAACCUCCCGAUCAGCAAAUAAUGAAUAAUCUGUGGGAACUACUUGAAACCGAUAUAAUAAAUCAAUCAGGAACGAAAAAUGGCAAGAGAAGAGGAAAACAAAUAGAAAAGAAAAAAUCGGCAUUGAUAGAUAUUCGAAAGAAACCAAGUACACCACUUACUCGGCUAAACAGUAAAAUAAGUUCUUCUAAAUCCAGAAAGAUGGCACAAGAAGCAAUUGAAUAUGAGCGAGAAAUGAAAUCACGAAACAAGUCAGAAAAGUUUUAACUUGUCUAAUUGACGAAAAAGUCUUACUGAUAGCGUAUCCUUGAAAAUCGACGCAAUUCAUUGCAUAUCGCUCUUUAUAAUAGAGAAAGAUCUGAUGCAUAUUAUUUUCUAUAGCUUACAUUCAUAUGUAUUUACCAAAAUAAACAACUGUAAAAUAGGG